AUGUUCUACUCCACCCUCCUCAUCGCCGCCACCACCCUCCUGGGUGCCGCGAGCGCGCAAAACACCACCACCGGCCCCAUCGAGAUCGACCCCAACAGCGUCAACGAGACCACCCGCCAGACAUGGUGCAACUACCAGCAGCAAAACUGCCCGCUCGUCUGCGGCGGCCGCGGCAACCUGGAAGAGAACAACUGUGAUGCCAGCGAUCUCACCUGGGACUGCACCUGCGUCAGCAACACCCCCAACAUCACCUCCUUCACCAACAUGAUCCCCUCCCUCGAGUGCGGCGUGUGGGUGGAGCAGUGCGUCGCCGCCGCCGGCAACGACCUCAACGCCCUCACCGCCUGCCGCUCCGUCCAGUGCGGCAGCCGCGACCCGGGCUCCGUCGACUCGGCCGGCUCCAGCUCCGGUGGCAGCAGCAACAGCGGCGGCUCCUCCUCGUCCAUGGCGGCUUCUAGCGCAUCUGCCUCGGCGACCGGCGGGAGCGGCGGCAGCGGCAACUCGCCCAGCAUGUCCUCGAGCGCCUCGGCGGCGGCUAGCAGCACCGGCGCGGCGGUCGCGUUGAAUGUCGCGAAGAAUUACGGGACCGGGAUCGUGGCGGCGGGUAUGCUGGGUGUGUUCGGCCUCGCGCUGUAA